AUGCCUGCAGUGGGACAAGGAACUACCACCAUGGUGGUAACUGAAUUUUUUCUAGUAGGAUUUGGAGACCUCAAGAGACUGAACCCCUUGCUCUUCCUGGUAUUUGCUGUUGUCUAUGUAGUCACAGUUUCUGGCAACCUUCUUCUUGUGGUGCUGGUAUGCACCCAACAAGGACUCCAGACUCCAAAGUACUUCUUUCUAGCGAACUUUUCAUGCCUGGAGGUCUGUUAUACAUCUAACAUUUUACCCCGGAUGCUGGUAGACUUACUGCAGGAAGAUAGGGCAAUCUCCAUGGUAGGCUGUAUAAUUCAGCUGUACUUCUUUGGGGCCCUAGGAAGUACUGAAUGUUAUCUUCUGGCAGUAAUGCCAUAUGACUGGUACUUGGCUGUCUGUUGGCCUUUGCACUAUUUAACGCUGUUACAUGGAACCCUAACUGUGGGGCUCACAAUUGCCUCAUGGCUUUGUGGCUUCUCAGCUGCAGUCUUCCAGGCUGCUAUGCUAUCUAGCUUGACUUUCUGUAGAGGCAAUUAUAUUGACCAUUUCUUCUGGGACUUGAAACCUCUGCAGAAGCUCUCCUGCUCUGAUCCCGAUCUCGUUAACUUAGUCUGCAUGAGUCUAACAUCCUUGGUAACCUUAGUCCCCUUUGGCCUCAUUUUAGCCUCCUACUGGAAGAUUCUUUCUGUGAUCUUACAUAUACCUUCCAUUAUUGGCAAGCAAAAGGCAUUCUCCUCUUCUUCUAAUCUAGUAGUUGGGACUUUGUUUUAUGGGACUUUAAUCUUGGUGUAUGCUGUGCCCUUGGCUGGCCAGGUGUUGGCUCUUAAUAAGACCUUCUCCUUGUUCUAUACUGUUGUCAAUCCGACGUGUAACCCUCUUAUUUAUAGCCCCCAAAACAAUAAUGUCAAGGAGGCUCUGAAAAAAAAAUUAAGAAUUUGA